CCAAACUCAAGUUUUGUCAUUACUCAUUCUGUUUUCUGUCCAAAGCUAUCCACUGUGUCCGAAGUUUUAAGACUACAUUUUACCGUACUUUGCGUAAUUAUUAAACUUAAAAAGUUAAAACUACAUUAUUCAGUUAUGUCUUUAUUAUCUGAUGAUGAGAUUUAUGCAAUUGAAAUGAAUUGGAGAGUAAACGCAAUAAGAAUGCCAAAAAUUCUCAAAGGCCACGAAGGUUAUAUAAUUACAUGCUUAGAAUUUUGUGGAGAUCAAGUUGUUAGUGGUUCUGAUGACAAUACACUAAAAGUUUGGUCAGUUCUUACUGGAAAGUGUUUGCAUACAUUGAUUGGGCACACUGGUGGUGUGUGGUCAUCACAAAUGGCUGGUAAUAUAAUAAUUAGCGGUUCCACUGAUCGUACUUUGAAAGUCUGGAACGCAGAAACUGGUCAAUGUACACAUACAUUGUCUGGUCACACUUCAACAGUUCGUUGUAUGCAUUUACACGAAAAUAAAGUUGUAAGUGGUUCAAGGGAUGCAUCACUCAGGUUAUGGAAUGUUAAAACUGGUGAGUGCUUGUCUAUAUUCCUUGGUCAUGAUGGUCCUGUACGUUGUGUUCAAUAUGAUGGGCGAUUAAUAGUUAGUGGUGCUUACGACAAUCUGGUAAAAGUAUGGGAUGCAGAAAGUGAAAUUUGUUUACAUACAUUAUCUGGUCACACUAGUGGUGUAUAUUGUUUACAAUUUGAUAGUUAUCAUAUUGUAAGUGGAUCUUUAGAUAGUAAUAUAAAAGUAUGGGAUGUAGAGACUGGCACAUGUAAGCACACUUUAAUGGGACAUCAAUAUUUAACAUCUAGCAUGGAGCUAAAAGAUAAUAUCUUAGUGUCUGGAAAUGGAGAUUCUAUGGUAAAAAUAUGGGACAUACUUACUGGGAAAUGCUUGUACACUUUGGCAGGAUCUGGUAAACAUAGUUCUGCAGUUACAUGUUUACAAUUCAACACUAGAUUUGUAUUAACUUCUUCUGAUGAUGGGACUGUGAAAUUAUGGGAUGUAAAAACUGGUGAAUUUAUUAGAGAUCUAAUAGCACUAAGAAGUGGUAGUAAUGCUGGCGAUGGUGGAGUUGUAUGGGGAUUACGUGCAAAUGAAACAAAGUUAGUAUGUGCAGUAGGCAGCCGCAAUGGCACUGAAGAAACCAAAAUAUUUGUAUUGGAUUUUGACUUUGACGCAACUGACUACGAGUAACAUAAAAGAACAAAUUUGGUAGUGCGCUUCACAUUUCUACUUGAUGUCUGGCUAAACAAAUUGUUGUUACCGAUAUUAGUUAACUGUCUAUUGAUUAAUGCAUUACCAACAAAAUAGUUUUAGUUUAACUCUUUUAUUUUAAAUUUAUUAUUUUUGAAACAAUGACAAUCAACAUUAGAUUUUUGCAAGGCUGGGGAAGUUAAUGAUUUUUUUUAACUCAGUUAAGUUAACGUACUUAAUUUUUUUCCAACCCAAAACUAAAUUAUAGGAUAUAGUGUUAAUACUUCAUACAGUAUUUACAUAUAAGUUAGAUUCGAAUGAUAUACAUUUUUAACUUUAAACAAUUUACGAUACAUAUUUUUUGACAUUAAAACGAAAUAGACUGAAAUAGUGAAAUAUUAUAAAAUUAAAAACAAAAUAAAUUAACUUAACUUACCUCUUAAAAUUAAAAAUUAACUCGUUAGUUUCACAUUAAUUAAGAAACAAAUUUAGUAAGUUAACAGUUAAGUUAAUGAAAAGCCAAAAGUAACUAGUUAAUGCCCAGCCUUGGAUUUUUGUAAUGAAAAGUAAAUAUUUUAUGAUAUAACUUAACUGAUAUUUAACAAUUUAAGUUAUUCUAUUAUUAUUUAUUUUUCUCUUUUUUUAUAGAUGUAUGUACAAUUUUAAGAUUUGCUUUU